UCCGUCUCAGUGAACGCUGCACAGCUGGCAAUUUACUGACAAUAACGCUGCGAGGAGUAAUUGGCUGCUUGGUGGACCACUGUCCUGCAAACUGGACCCGCGUUUAAUAAGAGGAUGAAUUAGCAGAAGUGCUGGGAUCAUUUUUAACUUUUGAUCACUGGGGGUCGGUUCAUAGCUUUUUGGAUAACCAAAACCCAAGAGUCAGCUCCCCCCUUUCUCCACUGGAACCGUUAUAACCUCCUCAUACUGGACUCAUAAGCUAAAAUAACGAUGAAGUCAAGACACAGGCAGCAGUUAGCGUUCAGCCUUCUGUUUGGGUUGUGGUUACCCUGCUGUUUAGCCCAGACCACACCAUCAAGCACAACCGCCUCGCCAGCGCCCACCCCCUCCCCGUCCUCCCCGUCCCCCCAGCCCCAGACCGAGCGGCUAAAAGUCAGACUGGCCGGAUUCCCACGGAAACACAACGAGGGUCGGGUAGAGCUUUUCUACAAGGGAGAGUGGGGAACCAUCUGCGAUGACGACUUCUCAAUAACAAACGCCAACGUGCUCUGUCGCCAACUGGGCUUCGUCUCGGCCACAGGAUGGACCCACAGCGCCAAAUAUGGCAAAGGACAAGGAAAAAUCUGGCUGGACAACGUGCAGUGUAGCGGGGGCGAGAGGAGCAUCGACGUCUGCAAGUCUCGCGGCUGGGGCAACAGUGACUGCACUCAUGACGAGGACGCCGGAGUGGUGUGUAAAGACGAGAGGAUCCCGGGCUUUGUGGACUCAAAUGUUAUUGACGCUCACGUCGAUGAGAACAAGAUCGAGGUGGUGCGACUGCGCCCCGUGGUCGCCGUGGCCAAAAAGAAGAUGCCCAUCACCGAGGGCGUGGUGGAGGUGAAAUACAAAGACGGCUGGGCGCAGAUCUGCGACCAGGGCUGGACCAUCAAAAACACCCGUGUGGUCUGCGGCAUGCUGGGAUUCCCACAUGAGAGGAAGGUCAACAAGAACUUCUACAAACGUCUGAAAAGGCGAGCGGCCGAGAAGGUCUCCAGGUCAAAGGUUAAUGUUUCAGCUGGUGGAAGGCCGACAUCCAAAGCUAAAGCUAACGCUAAGUCUAAACAGAGCAGCCCUGGCAAAAGGUUGUACCUGGAGCGUCAGAAGAGCUUCUUCCACGUUCACUCAGUGGCGUGCACGGGCUCCGAGGUCCACCUGGCCGCCUGCCAGCUGGAGUUCAGCAAACCUAACGCCACGUCCACCUGCCAGGGCGGCAUGGCGGUCGUGGUCAGCUGCAUGCCGGGGCCGCAGUUCAUGCAAAACAGCGGAUUGAAAAAGAAACUUAAAAUAUCGAGCAACGUGAGGCUGAAGGGAGGAGCCAGGCUAGGCGAGGGUCGGGUGGAGGUGCUGAAAGACAACGAGUGGGGAACGGUGUGUGACGACCGCUGGAACCUUCAGUCAGCCAGCGUCGUCUGCAGAGAGCUCGGCUUCGGCACGGCCAAGGAGGCUCUGACGGGAGGCCGCAUGGGACAAGGAAUGGGUCCAAUCUACAUGAACGAGGUGAAGUGUCUGGGUCUGGAGAAGUCCGUCUGGAACUGUCCCUUUAAAAACAUCACAUCCGAGGACUGUCAGCACAUGGAGGACGCUGCGGUCCGCUGCAACGUGCCCUACCUGGGACUGGAGAACUUGAUAAGAAUCACAGGCGGUCGGACCCGCUACGAGGGUCGUCUGGAGGUGCUGAGCACAGACUCGAACGGGACGCAGAGCUGGGGUCUGAUCUGUGGAGAGACCUGGAGCACCAAGGAGGCCAUGGUGGCCUGCAGGCAGCUGGGCUUGAACUACGCUAACCAGGGCCUGAAAGAGACGUGGUACUGGGACAGCAGCAAUGUGACCGACAUGGUGAUGAGCGGGGUGAAGUGCAUGGGGAACGAGAUGUCUCUGAGUCAGUGUCAGCACCACAAGACGCUCAGCUGCCAGAAGUCUGCGGCAAAGUUUGCAGCAGGAGUCAUCUGUUCUGACACGGCCUCUGACCUGGUCCUGAACGCCCCUCUGGUCCAGCAGACGGUUUACAUCGAAGACCGUCCUCUGCACAUGCUCUACUGCGCCGCCGAGGAGGACUGUCUGUCAAAAUCUGCAGCCAAAGCCAACUGGCCCUACGGACACCGACGCCUGCUCCGCUUCUCCUCGCAGAUCCACAACAUCGGCCGCGCCGACUUCAAACCCAAGGCCGGGCGCCACUCGUGGAUCUGGCACGCCUGUCACGGACACUACCACAGCAUGGAUAUUUUUACACACUAUGAUCUGCUGAACUCAAACGGUACCAAAGUGGCAGAAGGACACAAAGCCAGUUUCUGUCUGGAGGACACAGACUGUCAAGAGGGUGUUUCUAAGCGGUACGAGUGUGCAAACUUUGGCGAUCAGGGAAUCACCGUGGGCUGCUGGGAUUUAUACCGCCACGACAUCGACUGCCAGUGGAUCGACAUCACCGACGUCAGACCUGGAAACUACAUCCUGCAGAUCGUGAUUAAUCCAAAUCAAGAGGUGGCCGAGAGCGACUUCACCAACAACGGCAUGAAAUGCAACUGCAAAUACGACGGCCAUCGAAUCUGGCUGCAUAACUGCCACGUCGGCGAUGCGUUCAGCGAGGAGGCGGAGAGGAGGUUUGAAAAAUACCCCGGACAGCUGAACAAUCAGGUUUCUUAAUCCACGAUCAAAACCGACCACAAAGUGAGACCGACAUCAGGUGGUUAAAAUAAAUAAAAAACAACCUCACAUGCCUUUAAAAAACAACACUUUACUUCAUGUUUCAUGAAGACACCAUCAGCAGUGUUCUGGCGGUGAGAGUGUCGUAUGUCUGACUUAUUAUACUUGAAUAUUCAAGUGCUUAUUUCUUAAAUUUUUUAGUCGAAUGUGAGCUUUAUGUUUAUCACAAGAAUCUAUGAAGCCAGUUGUACAGCCUUCUGUUGAAUGUUCUUUUUGUAGCUAUGAAUGAGGUUUAUUAUUUUUUAUAACCAUGUGUGUUUUUUUUACAUUUUUAAAAACCUGAGGCAUGAACGGGAACACAUGCAGCUCUGUGGAAAGUUUCACUGGUCUAACUGGUUCAUACUGGGAGUCACAGAUAGAUACACUGUCCUGAUUCCAAACGACCGCCGAGCUGAGAAACAUCACUCUGGAUUGGACCCGCUUCCAAGUCCUAACACGCCCGCCUCCCCACACAGCUCCUUUGGUGAAUGUAUUUAUUGCUAAAAAUGAAGGAAGGUGUCUGAGAAACAAACCUCGUUCAGUUUGCUUCAUGGUUUUAAAAUCCUGUUUGAAGCCGCCUGUAGCUUCAGUCUGCGUCAUGUGUAGUCGUUUGUAACGCCAUGUAGGAUCUGACUCAAAAAACAAAAAAACUACAAUAACCUUCAAGAGUUGCCGUACGUUCAUGUAUGCUGAUGUACUCUCACAUGCUGCACCCAAUAAAAGGAGAGGAAUAAAAGCUG